UCUUGCAGGAAAGAGCACCUGGUUAGACCUCAGCUGCCACCCUGGUCCCAAUGACAUUGUACUCCUGCCUGGACAGGAAGCCAUUGUGCACUGCGACGUUGGUAACACAGAGAGAGACACCAAUGUCACCUGGUGGAAGAAUGGAGAGACACUAAACACAGAAAACCUCACUGUGCUUCCUAAUGGAGGGCUGCGUUUAUCACAAGGUGCAGGGUCAAGCGUCGAGGGAAGGUACUCCUGCAUGUAUCGGAAUUCCUUUGGAGUUGUGAAGGGCAGAAUGGGUACAAUAAGACUAGCAGGGCUGCCAUCUUUUUACAUGCAUCCUGAUCCUCAGAUUGUACAUCAGGGCAGCCUGGCAAGAUUUGAAUGUGGCAUCAGUGGAACACCGCCAGCGCAGAUCACAUGGCAGAAAGGCCAGGUUCAGCUCCCUGCAAGCAAGAGGUUUGUCAAGCUUCCUUCUGGGGUUCUGCUGAUCUCUAGGGUGCAGCCGGGGGAUGCGGGAUUAUAUCGAUGUGUAGCAGCUAACGUAGUGAAAACCAGAUACAGCAAUGAAGCUCAGCUCUCUGUGGAGAAAGAUCUGAAACCUUUCCCUGGUGAACUGGCAAUAACGAGAACUCCACAGAACCUCACCAGGGAGGUGGGCCAAAGUGCAGUAAUGGAGUGUUCAGCAGAGGGAAAUGGGAUGCCGGUGGUUUCCUGGUUUCGGCAAGAUGGCAAUCCCCUCUCCUCUGAUAUCAUCCUGCUUGGCGAAAGUAACCUCUUGAUCAAGCACACUCAGGCCCAUCAUGCUGGAGUUUAUUUGUGCAGAGCCAGCUACCCACACAGUCAGCAUUUUGUGACCGCUUCAGCCCAGCUACAAAUACUUGUACCCCCUUUCAUUACGCAGCCUCCUGAGGUCAUUACACGGGCACGGGCUGGCACUGCUCGUUUUAUAUGCAGUGCUACAGGAAAUCCAGACCCCAUAAUCACCUGGCUAAAAAAUGGAAAGCAACUUUCUUCAAAUGGGAGAGUAAAGAUUCAGCCAAGGGGCAGCCUAGUGAUCACACAGAUUGACCUGGAGGAUGCUGGAUAUUAUCAAUGUGUGGCUAAGAAUAUACUGGGCAGUGCUUGUGCUACAACUAGGCUUCAUGUAACAGUGCAGGAAGGUCUGCCUGGUCCACCAAAAGACUUAAGAGCCCUGGCUGUGACCAGCAAGACAGUCACUGUGACUUGGGAGAGACCACAGAGCAACUGGGAGAGGGUCAUUCGUUUCUCUCUGCAUUAUACUAAGACAGGGGGUACUGAAAAUAUGGAGUACCAGUUUGCAGUCAAUAAUGACACCACGGAGCUGAAUGUGAAAUACCUGGAGCCAGGGAUCAAUUAUACCUUUUAUGUUGUAGCUUAUUCCCCGCAAGGAGCCAGCCGUGCCUCAGAGCCCCUUGUGGUACAGACAAGGGAUGACGUACCAAAAGCUGCCCCCAUGUUGUCAGUGAACAGUGAGACCCCUGAAGAUAUUCAUGUUAAAUGGCUGCCUCUUCAGCCUGAGCUGACCAAUGGCCACAUCACCAUGUACCGCAUUGAAUAUACCACACAGAAAGAUGGCGUGGUCUCCAUUGUGGAAGUUAAAGGAAAUGAGACUGGGGUUACGCUCUCUUCCCUGCAGCCCAGCACUGUAUAUAAAGUGCGGAUUUCAGCCAGCACCUCUGCAGGAUAUGGUGCACCCUCUAACUGGGCACUGCAGCGCACUCUAGACAGAGUCAACCAGACACAAGUGGAGCAGGCACAAGUACAAUUGAAAGUCAUUGCCCACACAGACUCGGUAUUUGUCAGCUGGCAGCUACCCCGCACCGACCUUCUGAUCACCGGUUACAGACUCUAUUACCGCAUGAUGUGUCCUGCCCCAGAUCCUGCUGCAUCUUGUCCAUGGCAAGGGAAGAAUGACUGGGACCAUGGGCCUAUUAAGCUGAAGAAAAAGAGGAAACAAUAUGAGAUAACUGACCUCAUUCCUGGACAGCUGUACCAAGUGCGAUUGGUGGCAUACUAUAAGAAACAGGAAGUGCAGACAGUCGUGUGGGAAGGAAAAACCAGACAGAUUCCAACUGCCCCACCAGAUUUUAAAGCCCAGCGGAUCCCACCCCUGCCGCCCAGUCAUAUCCAGGUGGAACCUAACAGCUCCACAUCUGUAUGGGUGAAAUGGCGGAAGCCCAUAAUAAGCAGCAGAAUUGUGAAUUAUACUGUACGUUGUGGGCCAUGGGGAGCCAAGAAUGCCUCGCAGUUCACCUAUCACAGCAGUGUCAUGGAGGAAAUUCUGAUCAGUGGCCUUAAACAAUUUACUCGAUAUGAGUUUGCAGUGCAGUCGAAUGGAGCUGGAGUUGAUGGACCUUACAGUAACAUCGUAGAAAAGAUGACCCUUCCAGAUAGACCGUCCUCCCCUCCAGCGGACUUACUGCUCCAGCCUGUGUCACACUCUUCAGUCCAGGUACACUGGCGCCCUCCGUUGGAAUCCAAUGGAAUCAUCUUGCAGUAUUUGAUCUUGUACACUGCCAACAGAAGCCAUCCUGAUGAAAUGUGGACUCUUUUAACCAAGGAAGGUAAUGUAUUCAGUACAGAAGUUCACGAUUUACAAAGUGGGUCAAAGUAUUACUUCAAGAUGGGCGCCAAGACAUCAUCAGGCUGGGGACCCUAUUCCCAAGUGGUGGAGGUGGAGACACUGCCUCCAAGACUGCCAGAUGUCCUGGAUAUGAAUUCUGUGACAGGAAUCAUUGUCGGGGUCUGCUUGUGUCUCCUGUGCCUCUUACUAUGCAUGUGUGCAAGUUUCCAACAAGGCAAACAGAGGGAUUCAGGAUCUGAACUGGGGCCCCGGACUAGCAGAGGUCCCUCUUCCUAUCAGAGGGCUAGACAGGGGUCCUGUUCCCAAAGCCGCUGCCAGGACUCGCAUGAGCUGGAGACCUUGAUGCCUCCUCGACAAGAAGAUACCCCCUCUCUUCCAAUCCCAGAGGUCACUGAACUUAUAGGAGGUCUCGUCUCUAACCCCCAAAUAGAGGAGAAGAACCAGUUAAAAAUGAAGACUUCAUGGAAUGGGUCAAUCACCCAGAACUGGGCAAAUCACAUCACUAGCUAUGCAGAAACUAUACCCGGUGAGCUCGCUAAUGCUGCCAAUGGUUCUGCAAACCACUUAACCACCGGAGGCAUACGGAUGAUCCUACAUGAUAUAUCCUAUGAAAGUCAUAAGGUGGACGUUGGAAGAAAUCACCGAAAUCCAUCUCAGAAUCAAGUGGAGGCAGAUGUCAUUGUACACUCUGACUUCUCUGUGUCCGAGCGUAGCGGAAACUGUGCUGGGCUGGACUCAGAAGAGGAAGAAGAAAUUAGUUUGGAUCAUGACAAAGGUCCCACUAAGUGUUUGACUCCAACAUCUAACCCACACACACAGCCAGUGGCAACUGAAAGCGAGAGCCAAGACUGGAGCAAUCAGCCAUUGGUGGCCAUCAGUAUAGAACACACAUUAAACAUCAUGGCCACAAAGACCCCACACCUUGCCAAUGGCAUCCCCAGGAGUGGGGACUCUCAGGACAAUCAGACUGUCACUGGCUCACCUUUCACUACAGAUUGUGGGGAUUCAUGUUCAGAAGAUGUGCCCCUAACUUCAAGGGCUCAGCAAGAUUCGCCUCUAAACAAUACACCUGUCCUACCCCUUGUAAUGAACUCAGAGGAGACUGUACACUGAACUGGAAUCUGGAGAACUAGAGAACAUUCACACACCAGAUAUACUGGUUUAUGGUCAGAUUCAUUUUUCUGGACAAAGAUUUUGGAAGAGGACUCAUCACUGUAAGAGUGAUCCUUCAAGUGCAGGCGUUAUGGUGUGGACAAUUAGAAAAUCUGAACAACACUUUGACUAUUUAGCCAUUUUGUGCAACUAAAACUUGCUCUGACCUAGAUGACUUUACAAAACAGCCUUAUAAAGCAUUGAGUAUCACAAUGGGCAGCACAUCAUGGGAGGGGGAACAAUUAGAAAUAAAAAGGAAUAGUAGCAGCAACAUCCAAAUGUCAAUAAAUGCAUUUAUAAGAACCACUUGCAAUUACUUUAAAACAGGAAUGUCUCAACCCUAUA